GGUCAUUUCUAAUCAGGAAGAGAAAGCACGAACGAACGCAAAUGUAGAUCAGAUGGAGAAAGUUGGUGGGGAUUGGUGACCAGGUGGGCAAUGCGGGCAGACAGGUAGGCAGUUAGGCAGGUGAGAGAAAAGUAGGAAGCGAUAACCCAUGGGAAAUCUGGUUGAGGUAUUAUAUCCCAUUUCUUGAGUGAGACAACUAAGGCGAUAAAAUAAAUCCGACCGCUUUCUCCUCAAGAAAUCGGGGUAAACAACCGUAUGCUGGACGGGAAGUUGGUAUUUAUUUUAUGGCAGUGGAAACCCCUACUCAUAAGCUCUACAUUAAUUUGGUUGGUCUGCAUGCAUAUUAUUUUCCGUAUGAAAGCAGCAGAACGCAAUGGGACAGCAUGGCAGGACAAGUGCAUAAAUAAGAAUCCGACUCCAUUUCCACUAAUCCCAGAGAACCGAGAGAGAGAUUUUAAAUUUAAGUGAAAAUAUAAAAUCAAGUUAUUUUCGAAAUGUGGCCCGAAAUGCCGAACAACAAGCCUAGCACGAUCCAUCCAUUUCCUUUAAAAGGGGACAUGCAGAGUGCCAUCACAAAUCAGCCCAGGCAAAAAGUGUCGUUCUCUCCCGAUUUUCAAGAAGUUCCGGAAGGCCUGGGAGGCCUGGUGAAGACGCAGCACCUUUUCAUAAAACAGUCAGGUCUUCCCAUUGAAAUCUACUCCUCGGUGGAGACGCAGUACGAGGUUCUGAACAGCGAGGGGGAGAAGAUCUUCAUGGCGGAUGAGACGACGGACACGAGCACGAAAGCGUGGUGCAGAGGGACCAAACCCUUCGAUGUAAGCAUCCUCAUUCGUUCAGGAAUGUACAGGAAGGAGGUGAUGAAGAUGUUUGGCGAGCCGAGAAGCUGUGGAUGUGGAGGCGACAUUACCCUGAAGUCGGCAAAGACCACGCUGGGGACGAUAGAACACGCCAUCGAGUGGUCGUAUCCGCACUACUUCGUCCGAGACGCGGAGGGAAACGAUGUCCUCCAAGUUAUCGGGGCGCCCACUCCGAGCUGUUUCAGUUUCAGUAGGGAACCCCCACCCGGAGAGUUUAAUGUCCUUCUCCCCGACGGGAAAACGUUUGUGGGGAAAAUAGCAAAAUAUUGGAACGGGAAGGAGAAAGAUGUCCUUCUCAAGUCGGACGUUUGGGGAGUCAAGUUUCCCCUCGAGAUGGAAGUCACGCAUAAAGCGUUACUACUCGGUGCUACGUUUCUAUUGAAUUUCCAAUACCAAACUAUAGAAUGAUAUAAGAAGAAGACAGGACCGGAAUAUGGACAAAGUUAUACAUUUACCACGGCUGCCUUGCUCUCCGCAUUCACAAAUUAAGUACUUAAAUGGGGAUAAAUUACAUACUUGUACCUAUUUACACAAAUGCUCAUAAAUAUGUAUGAAAUUAACAUGUUAUUACUUAUUCUUCUAAAUACUCAUUACUUUCGUAUUGUCCAUUUACUUACGUCAAACAAUAAUAAUGAGCGACAUUUUGUAAUAACCGACUUCCGUUCUAUCUACCCGUCAAUCUAGUUCCAAGUAAUAAAUUAUUUUUGAAUCUUCUCCUUA